AUGUUGAGGGCUUUUGCUCGGAAUCUAGGGGAGGGAACCAUAACUCGAGCUGAGUUAGCAGGUUUGGUGCAUGGCCUUCAUAUUGCAUGGGAGAUGGGGAUCCGAAAAUUUAUCGUGCAGACGGAUUCGAAGACGGCUAUUCAGUUAAUCACGACGGCGAGAUUUCGACACCCACAUUCAGCUUUGAUCUUGGAAGCUCGGCAGAUGCUCGCGCAGGAUUGA